ACGUAAAUACUUUUCUCCUUCAGAACCAGAGCGAAUUAGAGUCGCGCGAUCCCGUUAGGGCAGUGGUGAGCUGUUUGUGCUGGGCCUUCUGGUGCUGCUCUUGCGCCCGUUGCCUCUGCCUGCCUGCCUACCAGCCAACUAAUCAGCCAUCCAGCCAGCCAGCCAGAUCUGCAGUCCUCGUCAGCAUUAUACUACUAUUGUGCUAGUUCAAAGAGUUUUGCGUGAAAUCGUGAGAAUUGAUCGAAUCCACUCGCAGCAGAACCUAACAGGUCCAAAGGGUGGCACGGAACAGUUUUACGGCCCGGCCGGAAGGCGCAGAAGAAGGAGGCGUGACGGCGCACAGUGUGGCCACGGCAAUCGCAGCGAUGACGGCGACCGACAACACGGUCCGCUUUAGCGAUCACACGCUCGACAAGGCGACCAAGGCGAAGGUGACGCUCGAGAACUACUACAGCAACCUGAUCACACAGCAUGGGGAGCGUAAGCAGCGUCAGGCAAAGCUGGAAGCGUCACUGAAGGACGAAACGUUGUCCGAGUCGCAGCGGCAAGAGAAGCGCCAGCAGCACGCGCAAAAGGAGACGGAAUUCCUGCGCCUUAAACGAUCGCGGCUCGGCGUGGAAGACUUUGAGGCGCUGAAAGUGAUCGGACGCGGUGCGUUCGGUGAGGUGCGGUUGGUGCAGAAGAAGGACACGGGCCAUGUGUACGCGAUGAAGGUGCUCCGGAAGGCAGAUAUGCUUGAGAAGGAGCAGGUGGCACACGUGCGGGCCGAACGGGACGUACUCGUGGAAGCCGACCAUCAGUGGGUCGUGAAGAUGUACUACAGUUUUCAGGAUUCGGUCAAUCUUUACCUGAUUAUGGAAUUUCUUCCUGGCGGUGACAUGAUGACGCUGCUAAUGAAGAAGGACACCCUAUCGGAGGAGUGCACACAGUUCUACAUCGUUGAAACGGCACUGGCGAUCGAUUCGAUUCAUCGGCUGGGCUUUAUUCAUCGGGACAUUAAGCCUGACAACCUGCUGCUCGAUGCACGCGGUCACCUGAAGCUGUCCGAUUUUGGGCUGUGCACGGGCCUGAAGAAAUCGCACCGCACUGACUUCUACCGCGAUUUGUCGCAGGCAAAACCGUCCGACUUUAUUGGUACUUGCGCCAGUCCGAUGGAUUCGAAGAGGCGAGCGGAAAGCUGGAAACGGAACCGGCGGGCACUGGCAUACAGUACGGUCGGUACGCCCGACUACAUAGCGCCGGAAGUGUUCCUGCAGACGGGAUACGGGCCGGCCUGCGACUGGUGGUCGCUCGGUGUGAUCAUGUACGAGAUGCUUAUGGGUUACCCGCCGUUCUGUUCGGACAACCCGCAGGACACCUACCGGAAGGUGAUGAAUUGGCGUGAAACGCUCAUCUUUCCACCGGAAACGCCAAUCUCGGAGGAAGCCCGUGAUACGAUAGUCAAGUUUUGCUGCGAAGCUGAACGACGACUCGGUUCGCAGCGUGGAAUUGAGGAUCUGAAGCUGGUGCAAUUCUUCCGCGGUGUCGACUGGGAGCACAUACGAGAGCGGCCUGCGGCGAUCCCGGUCGAGGUGCGCUCGAUUGAUGACACCUCGAACUUUGACGACUUUCCGGACGUUGCGCUCGAGAUUCCCGCCCAUCCACAGCCGGAAGGUGAGGUGCUCAAGGAUUGGGUGUUUAUCAACUACACCUUCCGGCGUUUCGAAAGUCUCACGCAGCGUGGAACGCCAACGAAAAAGUGAACCAUCGCAGCGAAGGCAUGUAAGAGUAGGCAGCGGCAAGUACGUGAUCAACAUGGGGCAUCAUCGGAAUGGAAGCGGAGAAGGAAAGGACGUCCGGAUCGUUAGGCGCGUAUGCUUUAAUUGCUGGGGUUAACGAAGGGUUUCAUUCUUGUGGAAUGAUGCGAUGCGAUUAGAGCGCGCGAUCGAGCCACACACAAACACAUACACCCGACUGCAAAUUGAAGAAUAUGGCAACUUAAAGAGAAUUCUAUAUUGAACAAAACAAAAAGCAAAAGGUUGAGGCCCCUUACAUGGGUACGUUGGCUACAGGCGCUUGAUAGUAACAGUCACAUACGAACGCUGGCGGCGCUGUGACGAGUGCAAUAACGGUUUGGCAACAAAUAUCACUCCAAGAGGGACUAAAUCUUACGAAACAGGCAACUACAUUGAAUGCGGGAACACGGGGUGGAAUGUUGUGUGGCGAGGUUGUGGCCCGAAGAGACGAUGUUAAACAGUGUUAAAAUAACAAACGGAACACAUAGCAAACGGCGGAAAAAAUUAGAUUGUGGUCGCAGUAGGCGGACCACGACCACGGAAACCUCAGAACAAAAUCGUAUCGCGGUCGGUGAUGAAGCAGAUGAAACGGUUGUCCUUCUUUUCGUUUUUAAAGCUCUUUAGUUAAUUUUUAAUUCAUUAUUUUAGUCGCACUAACGCUUUCAUCAAAACUCAAAAAUAGGUUUUUAAUUUUUUAUAGUAAAAAAGUGAGCAACUAUUUGUUCUUCCUCGUCGUGUACCAAGUACUCUUCUCUGCGUUAGUGUGUUGUUAGUGUACCAUAAGAAUAGUGUAGUACGAAAAUCCAAAGCUUGCUGUGCGCGUCUAAUUUUCCCCUGCUGCUUCGUCGUCGAUGUGCAGCUGCAAGUCGUUUUUCUGUAGAAACAAAAGGAUGGGCGCCCAGAGUGUGUUUCAAUCUUCGACAGAAAGAUCUCCAGCCGACCGUCCAACGACAGGGAGAGAAAAACAGAAAAAGAAAAAAGGAGAGAAACACAAAAAGAAAGAGAGAAAAAGAGAGAGAGAAGAGAGAGAGAAGCAUGAAAAAGGUGAAGAAAAUGAUCAAACGCGUUUGAGAAACGGUUUCCUGUGGAUUUAGGUGAAAAUAGGGAAGCAUUAAUUUCUGUUUCUAAUUGUUAAGCCUUCUUUGUUAAGUUAUUAUUGUUUUAGGUGAAUUUGCGAAAACUGCCCACACUAACACAACAUUCACAAUUGCGCCUUUGGAUCAUUGGUGUCCUCACUUUGAGUCCCCGCCGCCCGCCGAUAAAUGAACCCUGUUUGUCCUGCCAGAUCGAUGAAAUAUUGUGUGAAAAUUAAAGAAGCGACAGCUCACUGGCGCAAUACAGUACGGAUUCGUCCAUCAUACGUUCCGUGCUCCGUUCUUGCCUGCGGUGCGUUACUCCUCGCGCCUUUCGGUGGCGUCACGCUUCGGAAUCGCGCCGAUACUGAAGAUGACGAUAAAGAUGAGAGCCGAUAGUAUUAACUAGGAUAUCGUAAUGCGUAAUGUAUUGUAUUGUAUUGCAUUGUUUUCUUUUUAAAUUAAUUAAAAAUUAUUAUUCGUUCGUAAGGAAUGCUGUAGUAGUGCCCGGCAAGUGGAUUCCCCGUUUUGCGACUAUCUUACUCUACUCUCCCUCUAAAAUUAAGCCACCAACAGCCACAACCGUGGUAAUGGCCGCAGCCUUCGACCAGGGGCUUGGGACGUACUGGCUCUAUACUGUAAAUAAUGGUUCUAUUACCGGUGCCGCCUGUCCCCCAGAACACUGUGCAUUGCCAUUACUAUUACAUGUACGCCUUUGGCGCUCGUCUUGUGUUUCGAUUUGAUUUUCUUCGCCAGAUUAUGAACUAGAUUUUCUGCUUAGCUGUACUUCCUUAUUUCCUACACACUUCCUCCACAUGGUCGGCAAUAAAUCCAAACAAAUGCGCUUCAGACUUAUCACUUCACUUGCGUUCCUUUAUCACUUCGAUCUGAUGAUUAUAAUAUGAGAAAUGUAAACAUCUUUUUAUUGUUUUUCUAUACGUCCUUAAGCCUCACAUUUCAGUGUUCCUCUCAUCCAGUUGCAUCAUUGUCUAAUCUGUUGAUACAAACAUUUCCACCAGACACCCCUGUACGAACAGCUGUGUCUCACUUUAUCGCUUAGAAGAUCAGCCAGAGUGCCCAACAGAUGGCAAACGAAAGGUCACCGAAGCAGUUAACAACUGGUCAAAAGGCAGUGCCAUUAAUUACAGGAUUGUGAUCUGUUGGGCGCGCCAAUUGUGAAUCUUGCUUUCAAAACAUUUCGUGGCACCAGGAUGAAAUGUGGUGUUAAAGAAAACUAGCAACAAAU